CAAUCCUUGAUCUCUCAAACACAUUCAUAGCAAAUCAAAAAGCACAAAUCUUGAUACAAACACUCACAACAUGCCUUCUUCAACAGUUGUAAUCGUCACUGGUGCUAGUAGAGGCAUUGGCCACGCAAUAGUGGCAGCAUAUCUCUCGCGUCCGAACCAUACUGUCAUUGGCAGUGUGCGCAAAACCGACACCCCAAGAACAGAAGAUCUCAAGAAUCUUCCUGUGGCUACCGGUUCGCGGCUCUUGCUCGUCAGCAUUGAAAGUACGUCCACCUCAGACCCAAAGAGGGCGGUCGAAGACAUGGAGGCUGCCGGUAUCGCGCACAUCGAUAUUGUCGUCUCUAAUGCCGGCAUCUCUCCCGCUCCAGCACCUCUUGACCUUGCCGAUCCCGAGGAUUUGAUACAGGCUUUCAAGGUCAACGCUGUCGCCUCAGUUUUGCUGUUCCAGGCUGCGAAUAGGCUACUAUCCAAGUCGGAAGCUCCGAAAUGGGUUUCGAUCUCGAGUCGUGUCGGCUCUAUCGGACAGGCGGCGAGUUUCUACCAAUAUGCGAGCGCCUACGGCAUGUCCAAAGCUGCUCAGGACUGGUUCACUGCAACGCUACACCACUCGUACGAAUCUCUGACAGCUUUCGCUGUUCAUCCUGGAUUUGUAUCGACAGAUAUGGGUGUUGCGGCUGCGAAGGGUGCUGGCAUAGACAUGCCCGCUACUACUGCGAAAGAAAGUGCUGCCAAGUUGCUCGAGGUGAUCGACUCUGCACAACGAGAGAGAGAAGGUGCGAAACUUAUUGAUAUCAUGACUCAUGAAGAAAUCUCUUGGUAGAGGAGCAUGUAACACACAACUAUUGAUGGCUUGUCUACGAGAAUAAUAUGUCUUCACAUGUUGCGGUUAGCAAUGCUGGAACAGUAUUAGCCCAAUCUAAAUUGAAAUACUUCU